GAGGGGACCUGGUGUGCAGACACCAGCUGCUACUCAUGUCUUCACCAUUGCUAAGAACGUCUGUGGUAUUACCUCAGUGUGAAAACGUGUCUGCAGUUUCCCGAAAAUGGAGAACCUCAACGUUACUUACAGCACCUUGCUUUAAAGUGUUGCUGGCAGGCGGCUUUGGCCUUAUUUAUUUAGGAAUGCUUUAUCAGGAGGAGAAUGCUUUUUUGUGAACAUGAGUCGCUUGGCUCUUUCACCGGGCUUCCGCUUCUUGCCUCAAGUCAUUGAAACAUUGAUCUUUGCAUAUUUCGCCGCCAUCUCUUUGGCUGACUCACAGGGUCUUUUCCCAAGGUUGGAGAACGUGGGAGCCUUCAAGAAUGUUUCCAUUGUGCCAACCCAAGCAACAUGUGGACUCCCAGACCGAAGCACGUUUUGUCAUAGUGCUACCGAUGCCGCGAGUCUUCAGUUCUGCACCCAGCGGAUUUGCAUUCAGGACUGUCCUCACAGGUCUUCCCCGCCCAGCCACACGGCCCUGUUCUCGGCAGGUCUUGGGGGUUGCAUCGCGGUAGACAAGCAUGAUCUGUGUCCCAACGCUCCUAGCAACGCCACAAGUUUUAUUUUUGGAAACCACAAGAAUUGCUUUUCUUCUCCUCCUUCUCCAAGGCUGGCAGCAUCAUUUACUCUAGCUGUGUGGCUGAAACCUGAGAAGGAAGGUGUAAUGUGUGUUAUAGAAAAGACGGUGGAUGGGCAGAUUGUGUUCAAACUUACAAUAUCUGAGAAAGAGACCAUGUUUUAUUAUCGCACAGUAAAUGGUUUGCAGCCUCCAAUAAAAGUAAUGACACUGGGGAGAAUUCUUGUGAAGAAAUGGAUUCAUCUUAGUGUGCAGGUGCAUCAGAGAAAAAUCAGUUUCUUCAUCAAUGGUUUGGAGGAAGAUAAUACAGCAUUUGCUGCAAUAACUCUAAGUGGUUCAAUUACAGAUUUUGCCUCUGGUACUACGCAAAUAGGACAGAGUUUAAAUGGACUAGAGCAGUUUGUUGGAAGAAUGCAAGAUUUUCGAUUAUACCAAGUGGCACUUACAAAUAGGGAGAUUCUGGAAGUUUAUUCUGGAAAUCUGUUCAGAUUGCAUACCCAGUCACAUUGUCGCUGCCCUGGCAGCCACCCUCGGGUCCAUCCUUUGGUUCAGCGAUACUGCAUUCCUAAUGACGAAGAGGACACCACACCUGAAAGGGUGUUACGGCUGAAUCCCGAAGCCCACCCUCUCUCUUUUGUCAACGAUAAUGAUAUCAAUACUUCAUGGGUAUCACAUGUGUUUACAAACAUUACCCAGCUUAAUCAAGGAGUGACUAUUUCAAUAGAUUUGGAAAAUGGACAAUAUCAGGUGUUUUAUAUUAUCAUUCGGUUCCUUAGUCCACAACCAACAAUGAUAAAGAUCCAAAGGAAGAAGGAGGACAGCCUGGAUUGGGAGGAUUGGCAAUAUUUUGCUAGAAAUUGCAGAGCUUUGGGAAUGAAAAAUAAUGGAGAUUUGGAGAAACCUGAUUCUGUCAACUGUCUUCAGCUUCCCACUUUGACUCCAUAUUCUCAUGGUAAUGUCACAUUUAGCAUCCUAACACUUGGAUCAAAUCAUCGUCCUGGCUACAAUGACUUUUAUAAUACUCCAUCUCUUCAAGAAUUUGUAAAAGCCACACAAAUAAGACUUCAUUUUUAUGGACAGUACUAUACAACUGAGACUCCUGUCAGCUUCAGACACAGAUACUAUGCAAUCGAUGAAAUCACUGUCACUGGGAGAUGUCAGUGCUACGGUCAUGCCGAGAUGUGUGACACCACAAGCCAGCCCUAUCGAUGCCUCUGCUCUCUGGAAAGCUUCACCCAAGGACUUCAUUGUGAUCUCUGCUUGCCUCUUUAUAAUGACAAGCCUUUCCGCCAAGGUGAUCAAGUUCAUGCUUUCAAUUGCAAACCUUGUCAAUGCAACAACCAUUCUAGAAGCUGCCACUACAACAUCUCAGUGGACCCAUUUCCCCUUGAGCACCACAGAGGAAGUGGAGGGGUCUGUGAUGAUUGUGAACAUAACACCACAGGAAGGAACUGUGAGCUGUGUAAGGAUUACUUUUUUCGCCAAGUUGGUGCAGAUACUUCUGCCAUGGAUGUUUGCAAACCCUGUGAUUGUGAUAAAGUGGGCACUAGAAACAGUGACUUCCUUUGUGAUAAGAUUGGAGGCCAGUGUAAUUGUAAGAGACAUGUGUCUGGCAGACAGUGCAGUCAGUGCCAGAAUGGAUUCUACAAUCUACAAGAGUUGGAUCCUGAUGGCUGCAGUCCCUGUAACUGUAAUACCUCUGGGACAGUGGAUGGAGAUAUUACCUGUCACCAAAAUUCAGGCCAGUGCAAGUGCAAAGCAAAUGUUAUUGGGCUUAUAUGUGAUCAUUGCAAUUUUGGAUUUAAAUUUCUCCGAAAUGAUAACGAUGAUGGAUGUGAGCCCUGCCAGUGUAACCUCCACGGCUCAGUGCACAAGAUCUGCGAUCCUCUCUCUGGGCAGUGUGAGUGCAAGAAAGAAGCCAGAGGACUUCAGUGUGAUGCCUGCAAAGAACACUUUUACGGGUUGGACAUCACCAGUUGUAAGGCCUGUGACUGCGACGUGGCCGGAUCCCUCCCUGGGACUGUGUGUGAUGCUAAGACAGGCCAGUGCCUCUGUAAGCCCAGAGUUGGAGGGAGGCGGUGCAAUGAAUGUUUAGAAGGAUACUUCCAACUCCAGCAAAAUAAUUCUUUCCUCUGUCUGCCUUGUAACUGUGAUAAGACUGGGACAGUAAAUGGCUCUCUGCUGUGUGACAAAUCAACAGGACAAUGUCCUUGCAAAUUAGGAGUAACAGGUCUUCACUGUAAUCAAUGUGAGCCUCACAGGUACAAUUUGACCAGUGGCAAUUUUCAAGGCUGCCAGAUGUGUGAGUGUGACUCCUUGGGGACAUUACCUGGGACCAUUUGUGACCCAAUCAGUGGCCAGUGCCUGUGUUUGCCUAAUCGUCAAGGAAGAAGGUGUAAUCAGUGUCAACCAGGUUUUUAUAUUUCUCCAGGCAAUGCCACUGGCUGCCUGCCAUGUUCAUGCCAUCUAACAGGUGCAGUUCAUCACAUCUGCAGUAGCCGAACUGGUCAAUGCACUUGCCAAGAUGCUUCUGUUGCUGGGCAAAGUUGUGACCAUUGUAGAGACCGUUACUUUGGAUUCGAUCCUCAGACUGGAAGAUGUCAGCCUUGCAAUUGUCAUCUCUCAGGAGCCUUGAAUGAAACCUGUCACUUGGUCACGGGCCAGUGUUUCUGUAAACGAUUUGUCACUGGCUCCAAGUGUGAUACUUGUGUUCCCAGGGCAAGCCAUUUGGAUGUGAACAAUCCACUGGGCUGCAGCAAAACUCCAUCUCAACAACCUCCACCCAGAGGACAAGUUCAAAGUUCUUCUGCUAUCAAUCUCUCCUGGAGUCCACCUGAUUCUCCAAAUGCCCACUGGCUUACUUACAGUUUAUUCAGGGAUAGUUCUGAAGUCUACACAACUGAAGAUCAAUACCCAUACAAUAUUCAGUACUUCUUAGACACUGACCUGUCACCAUACACUUCGUAUUCCUAUUACAUCGAGACUGCCAGUGUGCAUGGCUCAACAGAGAGUGCACCUGUCAUUUAUAGGACGAAACCAGGGGUCCCAGAAGGACACUUGAACUUAAGUUAUAUCAUUCCUAUUGGCUCCGACUCCGUGACACUUACCUGGACUGCACCUUCAAAUAAUUCUGGUCCUAUAGAAAAGUAUAUUUUGUCCUGUGCUCCUUUAGAUGGCAUUCAGCCAUGUGUUCCUUAUGAAGGUCAUGAAACCUCAGCUAAUAUCUGGAAUCUGGUUCCAUUCACCAAGUACCAUUUCUCUGUACAGGCUUGUACUAGUGGGGGCUGUUUACACAGCUCACCCCUCACAGUGAUCACAGCCCAGGCACCUCCCCAAAGGCUGAGUCCACCAAAAGUGCGGAAGAUCAGUUCUACAGAGCUCCAUGUUGAAUGGGCUCCCCCAAAGGAACCAAACGGAGUGAUAAUAAGAUAUGAGCUAUACAUGAAAAGAUUGAGAUCUGAUGGAGAGACCAUGUCAGCAGAAAGUCGAGUUUUUCAGAGCAGUGGCUGGCUCAGUCCUCACCCAUUUGGAGAAUCAGCCAAUGAAAAUGCAUUAAAACCUCCUCAGACAGCUGCCACCAUCACUGCAUUGGAGCCAUAUACCACGUAUGAGUUUCGAGUCUUAGCUGUGAACAUGGCUGGCAGUGUAUCAUCUGCCUGGACUUCAGAAAGAACGGGAGAAUCAGUGCCGGCGUUCAUGACCCCUCCCUCCGUCUUCCCACUUUCAUCGUCGUCCCUGAAUGUGUCCUGGGAGAAGCCAGCAGACAAUGUAACAAGAGGAGAAGUUACGGGGUAUAAGAUCAACAUGAUUGCGGAACAAUCAUCUCACCAAUCUGUUCCGGCAGCACAGUCACAGGUGUUGUACACUGCUAAACCCCAAGAACUGUCUUACAUUGUAAAAGAACUAAAACCUUAUAAGAUAUACAACUUUACUAUUUCUCUCUGCAAUUCAAUUGGUUGUGUUACCAGCGAUUCAGGAGCAGCACGGACAUUGGCAGCAGCACCAACCCAACUGAGGCCUCCUGUGGUCGAAGGAAUCAACAGCACAACCAUCCGUGUUCGAUGGCUCACCCCUGAAGAACUGAAUGGACCCCUUCCUACAUAUCAGCUAGAAAGGAGAGAGUCAUCUCUCCCAGCUCCAACUGCCACGAUGAUGAAAGGAAUCCGUUUAAUAGGGAACGGAUAUUAUAAAUUUCCCAGCUCCACACACCCGGUCAAUACAGACUUUACUGGUAAGUAUAUUUGA